GUGUUUCCCAUCGCGGUUUUGGGAAUCCACAGACGGUACACGUUUUUGCUCACUCCCAGCUCCCUGCCAGACAAUUCAUAUCUUUGCUGGGAGGUAGCAAAAACGUGGACUACUGGGAUCCUCGAGGACCGGAUUGGGAAAGAGGAACAAAUUAAUGCUUUAAAGCAAUGAUUGUUGUUAAUAGACGAAUUACCAUAGAUUAUAUUAUUCUGACAUAUAGGGAUUGUUUUGGGUCGAUAGUAGUAAUGGGCUAUGUCCGAAUAAAGAUAGUCACAGAGGACCACCGUUCGGCUAUUGAUGACAUCAGUCCUCGACUCGUUUGGUCUGCUUAGGCGUAAGGUGUCGCAAAAUAUGCUUGGCUCGCUUUUUCAGUUGCUGACUGUCAUAAUGAAUCCAUGGGACCCGGUAUCGCCUGCUGCGCAGGUCUUAGCAAGAUGUGUAGCCUCGGGAGUUCUGUCUCAGAUCUCGAGGCAGUCCCCAGAGAAAGCAAUGUCUUUUCUCACCACCUGGUGGAAGCUGAACGAGUUGUAUGCAUGAACAAUGAGACUGAUAAUAAAAGACUGGAGAUUGAGCUGCUGAAGCUCGAGAAGGAGACUGCAGAUGUGACUCACACCUUCUAUCUCAGUCAAAAGUUCACGGCCUUGCAGCAGUUCACAUCCCACCUCCAAGCGGUUCUGCGCGAACAGAGGAACCUGCGGCAGAGGCUGAUGAAGCCCCUGUGCCAGCAGAACCUGCCUGUCGAGGCUAGCCUGCACAGGUAUGUGGUGGAGCUUAUAGAUAUGGCAGUCGACUUGAUCAAAAAUUUGGAGAGCAAAAUGAUGACGACUCGAACAAUUCCCAAUAUAAAUCACAAGAUGACCAGUCUGGAUAAUGUCCUGGCACAGCUUUUGACUCAAGUGACAGAUGUGCAGGAGCUGUCCAGACAAAUUCUACAGUGGAAGGACCACCAGUGCAGCCAAAUGACCAAGAAUAAUGAGUCUCACUCCUGAAAUCACAGCCAGCCUCUUCUGUGAGUCUUCUCCUAUAAAAUUGACUCUGUGCUCUUUUAAAGAUGAACGUGCCUUUUUGAAAUUUUCUUGUGUGCAUUCUCCUUGAUUUAUCUUACUGUAGAUUAGUUCCUUUCAAUAAAAACUGUCAGUGAUGUAGUUGCAUAAAUAUGUAAUUUAUUGAAAAAUAAAGCCUAUUGCCUUUUGAUA